AUGAAUGAAUUAUUAGGUUAUAAUGACUCAUUUAGGAGAAGUGAUAAUUAACCUCAUGCAAUUAAUGUUAAUGUUGUUGUAAAUCUAUAAUCAGAAAAUUUUAAUUUACAAUUAUCUAUUGAUCCAGAAAUUCCAUUUAAUAUAUUCGUAAAUGGAAUUAAAGAGUAAAUAUUUGCUCAAAGAAUGCUAGCUCAAUAUGAAGAAACUAUAGAAUAUCAAUUAGGAAAUGGAUCCAAUCUAAGAUAAAAUGAAGCCAGAUCAUUACAAUAUUUAGGAUUUACUAAUAAUUGCACACUCUAUGUUAGACUUAAGCUUAUGGGUAGCCAUAAUCAUAUGGUUUAGGAACCAAUGAUUAAUAUUAUUUGUUAGUAUGAGGAAUCAAAAAUAAAACUAAAGCAUCCAUUUGAUUCUAAAAGGAAAUUUAAUGUUUUUUUGGAAGAAAUAUUAUUGGAGCAAAUAUUUGAAGAUGAAAUACCUAAAUAAUUCAAAAACAAAAUUGAAUGUUAAUUGGAAUAAGGAAUAAGUAUCAAAUAAAAUGAAACUAAAAGUUUAUACCAGUUAGGAUUUCGAGAAAAUUGCACUCUUAAUAUAAAAAUUAAAGGUACAGAAGAUGAAUCUUCAAUUAAUAUUAAUUGUUUUUAUAAGAAAUUAAAAAUAAAAUUCAAGCUUCCAUUUGAUCCAGAAAUGGCAUUUUUGAUGUUUUUGUAAUAAAUAUAAUUAGAACAAAUAUUUGAAAAUGAAAUAACUGAAGAAUAUAAAAAUAAUAUUGAGUAUUAAUUGGAAGAAUAAGGAACUAUUAUCAAUAAAUAUGAAAUAAGAACUUUAAAAUCUUUAGGAUUCACUAAAAAUUGCACACUUAAUAUAAAACUUAAUAAUCAAGAGGAGGAAUCAUCAAUUAAUAUUAUUUGUUUUUAUAAGUAAUUAUAAAUAAAACUAAAACUUCCAUUUAAUCCUGAAAUACGAUUUUCGGAUUUUUUGAAAUAAAUAUAAUUAGAGCAAAUAUUUGAGAAUGAAUUACCCACAAAUUAUAAAAAAAAUAUUCAAUAUUAAUUAGAAUAAGGAAUAAGUAUCAAUUAAAAGGAAACUAAAAGUUUAAAUUCUUUAGGAUUCAAAAAAAAUUGUACACUUAAUAUAAAACUAAGUAAUAGAGAAGGUGAGAUAUUAAGUAAUUUUUAUGAUAAAUUUAGUAUUAUAAUAAAAAAGAAUUUUUGAAGUAUUAGUAGAUUUACAAUUUAAAAAAAUAGAACUAAAUAUAUCAUAAUAUAAAAACACUCCUGUAUCUUGUGUUUUCCAUGAUAUUUUGCUAGAAUUAUUUUCAGAAUAAUAGUCGUCUGUAAAUUAGACAUUUGCAUUUUUUAUUAAUGACAAAGAAAUUGAACCAUUUGAUUGUAGAUUAUUAGAAGAUUUUUAAAUGAUUAAAAGUAUCAAUUUAAAAAUGAUUCCUCCAAAUAAAUAACCUAAUCAAUAAUCAAACGAAAAAAGUUAAUUUGCAAUAAAACACAAAAGUUUAUAGUAAAAGUUUAAUUUGGAACAAACAAUAAAGAUUGAGUUUAUAGAUAGUGAUGUAGAAAUACUAACUUUAAUAAAUAACUCUCUAGAAGAUAUAAUUUAAUAGAUCAUAAGUGAGUUAUUGAUAUCUAAAAAAUAUAAAAAUUAUUCUAUUCAGUAUUAGAUUAAUGGAGAAGAAUUUUAAGAUGUUUAUUCUCUUUAUUCUAAAACUGAUAUCAAAAUUAAAAUCUAAUUUCCUAAAGAAUAAAAUGUUUAAAAUCCUUAAUUGAAAUUUUAAUUAACUGGAGAAUUUUAUUAAAAAAUUUUUAUUUCAGGUUUAAUAAAUUCUAAUAAAUUUUUAAUUGAAGAAGCUAUCUAGUUGAAAGGUUCAAAUGAUGAAUUAUUAGAAUAUGUUAAGUUCAAAAUAUUUGGUCCAAAAUAAAGUGCAUAUUCUCAAGAAAGUUUGAAGAAAGGAUGGGGAUUCAUAAAUGUGAAUUAUGUUCAAAAAAUAUUAUGA